AUCCCCGAAAGAUAAAGUUGGUCAACAUAUUUCCUAGCAUGAAGAGCAAGCGUGAAGAAUAAACAAAAACUACGUCUACCGAGACAAAUGGUGCUUAUGUGAACCAAGUGUACUGAACAAACAGUAUAGCAGGGAUAUGUGAAGUGUGGAACCAAUUUCGGCAAACGAAAAUGUCCUGGCAAAACAAUUGGCCAUCUGUGCAGCAACCGGGGGUGGUUCCUACAUACCCUCCACCAAUUCCUGGUGUGCAGCAGCUGCCAUCAACCGCUGCAGUACCCGAUUAUGCAGCAUUGAAUGCAGAACAAUAUAAACAAUGGCAAUGGCAGCAGUACCACCUACAGUACGCUCAAUGGCACGCUCAGUAUGGCGAGCAGUAUGCCAGGGAAACUGGAAAAUCGCUUCCACCCGUUGCCACUCCUGGAAUACAGAUGCAACCCAUAACCCAAACCAUGGGCACGAAUCAUUACCCGACGGCUCACCCUCCUGCUGCAGUACCGUUUGCUACGUUGAACAUUGUAGCACCUCCACCUCCGGCCGAACCACAUCCGGAUGAGUUAAUUUUUAACAAAGGCCAGGACAAACCACCCUUACCAGAGGAAACAAGUGCCGAAGAAAUCGCCUUCGAUGAACAGUUUCGGAAGUGGGAGCAGGAAUUCGAAACAUGGAAGCGCAAAAACAAGAACCAUCCCGACAAAACGGCCUAUCGCGAAUACGAACAAAAAUGUAUGGAUUGCCGCAAAAAGCUUCUCGAGCGUCGCGAACAAUUACGACGAAAAAGGUUAGAACAAACCCGGCUACAGAGCCACGCAUCGAAAUGGGUAGCUGUUCAGCAACCAAAACCUUCUCUCCCGCCACCUCCUCCGUCGGAUCCACCUCCAGUGGGUGCACCUCCACCGGGCCCUCCUCCACCAGGCCCUCCUCCGCCGGGGCCUCCACCAUCGGGCUCCUCAGUUACGGCGCCACAGUGGCCACAAGAAAGGGAAAGGGGCGAAAUGCAUCACAGGAACGAUAGUGGUGGGGAGACAAAUUGUGGAUUAGAGAACGUUUUUAACAAUUCUGUCGCUAAUAGUGAAAGGAGUGGAGGGAUUCCUGGGCUGGAUUUAAUCGAUGAACACCCUCCUCCCCAACCGAAGAAAAUAAAGUUGGAGGAGGAUGAGGCGGAGGAAGGGGGAGAAGUGAUGGAGGUGAUUGAUCUGGCCAAUAUUGAGGAAGAGGUGAAAACUGAAGUUGUGGAGGUUAAUAACACCGCCAAUGCCAUCAGUUCCUUGUUGAACGAUCCGAAGGUGAACGCAUUGCUGCAGCUGGUGGGUAGCACAAUAGCUGGUAGCAGCGCCAGUGGAAAUGGAGCAGGAGGAAGCAACACAGGAGGAACGAAUCCUCUAGUGGCGGCAUUAGCGCAGCUAACUAACAGUAGAGCGGGAUGUGUAGAUGCUGGCAAGUUGCCCCAAAACAAUGAGAACCGUCCAAAUGGAUCUGUGGAACGUAACGAUGAACAACGCCCGAGUGGUCGAGGAGGAUUUAUGGAGGAAGUCAGCCCCGAGCUUCCACAUUUGCCAGAUUUCAACCCUCGUAUCCCUCCGCCAUCGCUUGACAUUGAUCUCUCUAGACCUCCUCCGUUGAUUAACGGGAACAAGCGUCAACCGCACGAUCGCUGGGAUGGAAUCCCCGAGCAACACUUGGUACAGAAUGGUUCGUACCCCGGUGGAAGUCACACUGAAGGACCGCCACAUCCCAAAGUUGCCCGGUUUGAUCGUCCUCCGCCACCAUUCGGGGCCACGCGUUCAACCGAUUAUCAAAUUGAUCCGGAGCUGGGAAGACCGGUGGCCGUUCCAAAACCGGACUGGAUGACGGAAGACGAAUAUCAAGAAAUCUACGAUAGAUACGAACAUGUAAGAAUCUUCGAAGAGAGAAAAAACAAAAUGGAGCUAGCGAUUCAUGUGCUGCGGCAAAGUAAGAUUCGUGAUGGAAAAUUGGGGCCGCCGGGAGAAGUACUCCAUCCUGGGCGAGGUGGCAUACCCAAGCCGAUGCCGUGUGUAAAGGCAGAGAUUAUCAGUGAAGCGCCGGAUGAAUUUUUCCAACCACAGCAAGUCUUUGAUUACACAAAUUGUAGAAGUUCCGCCCCUCCAGUGAAUCAACAAACGCCUGCAGGGCGUGUCAUAGACUAUGGGCAUUGUGCAAGUGGGCAGUAUAAUGUUAACAAUAUAAACAAUCGUGUUAAUAACCGUCGAGACGACUUCCGUAAUAACACAGGUUCAGAUGCUGGCCCUGUGUUCGGUUCAAAUACCCAGCGAUUUGAUUACAAUCAUUCAAGGGUGGCCAAUGUUGCGACGAAAGCGGCAACGGUUCCGGUCGAGCAGCCGAGACCGAUUUGGCCGUUGGACAACCAAUCGUUAGCCUUUGACCGUGCGGUUCCCGGUCUCGAACGACUUGCUCAGAUGCACCUGAACCCCAAUCCGGAAGAAAGCAAUCCGAAUUAUCCCAGCAAAUUUCUGCUGAUGAAUGAUAAUCGCCCCAGCUGCCUUAGCACAAAAAGGGGGAAACGGCCAUCGUCAAUACGCAAGCAAAAGUUAAAGCAACAGAUGCAACAACAAAAUACGGAUACAUCACCAACCGAACAGCAGGGAACCUCUGUUCCAAAGCCGAUCGUAUGCAAAGAGGAACCACCGUUGGAGCUAGAAGAUUUAAGCUCCGAUGAUGAUACCGCGGAAGAAAGGGCUGACGGUGGGAAUAGUACCGAGGACGAUGGUAGUGCGAGGCAAAAUAAACAAGAAGUUCAAGACGAACGGCCCGAGUCGGUUGUUUCGUCUCAAUCAUCGCAACAACCGUUGGCACCGCGCAUGCUAGACAUCGAGGAGCUUUUGUUUCCACCCGGACGGUUCACGCGCCCACCGCGAAUCUGUUUGCUCGUACGUGGCCUUCCUGGCAGUGGUAAAUCUUUCCUCGCCCGACUCAUCAAAACUAAGGAGCAAGUGUUCGGACCGUCUCCGAGGGUGUUGAGUUUGGACGAUUACUUCCUGGUGGACAAAGAAGUGGAAGAAAAGGACCCAAUAACGGGAAAGAUCACGAAGGUGACGCGAUCGCAGUACGAGUUCGAUGAGGAAAUGGAAGAGGUAUACAUUCAGAAUCUCUUGAAGGCGUUUAAGAGAACCAUUUCCGAACGGCUGUUUAAUUUCGUUAUCGUUGACUGUUGUAACCAUCGGCUGGGGUAUUAUUGUGAAUUUCAUAAUUAUGCUAGAAGCAAUGGAUUUAAGGUCUACACUUGUACGCUGCAAACAGAUGUCGAUGUUUGUGCCCGGCAAAACGUACACAAUCGGACGGCGGCAGAAAUACAAGCGUAUGCCGACAGUUGGGCCAUGGCUCCCGACGAGCAUGUGCAGAUCAACUUCAAUGGACUGUUUUCAGAUGUAGAACAGCAGGAUACCGAUACGACGGUGGCGGAUAUGGAUCUUGCUGCACCCGAGGAAGAGUCGAACGAGGAGCUGGGCAGGAACCAGCCGGAACAUGCACCUGUAUUACUCGACGAAGCUAACGAUGAUUCCGCGGAUAGUACAGCUGAGUGUGACUUGUUCGCGAGUAAAUGGGACAACGACGUCAGUGAGCAGAAUUUAGCGAGGCUCGAUGGCACCAGUAAACCCCUGCGACGUCCCCCAACCCUAGAAGACUACCUACAGCUGGACGAUGGCAGUGACGAUGACGAGGCGAAUGCCGGACGCAAGCGGAAGCGUGUUCGCUGGGCUGAUGUGGAGGAACAGAAAGCGCAGAAAAAGAUGCGAAAGAUGGGAUUCGUCGUUGGAGUUACGGAUUGGUCGAGGAUGAUGGACCCGACCCAGGGCAGCAGCGCGCUUACGCAGACGAAGUACAUUGCCAAGAUCAGAAAAAAUUCAUGAAGCGCAGACAUUUAAAUGUAUGUUUUCUAUAAUCACACUAUACUUCGCAGACUAAUGGCAAAUGGUUUUCGGCCUGAAGCUAGAGCUCUUUACUAAGUUUUUUUUACCUUAUUUUUCAUAUACUGACUGUCGCAACGAAGGCAAAAUUAUAUUUUUGUUGAUAGACGCGAUGGAGUAUAGGAAAUUUGGAAAAGCAACUAAAAAAGAAAGGGCUCUUCAACAGUUCCGAUAAUACGUGUUUGUUUUAAAAUUACUUGUUUUUUAAUCUUCUUCUAUAAAUUUAUCGAUACGAAUAAAAAGCAGAUUUAGAUGAGUCAAUCAAUAAAUUCUUGUUUAUUUAGUUUCAGUAGAUAGA